CUUUGUUAAGAGUUUCAGGUCGCUAAUCACCCAAACCGUGUGAACCCCUGGGCUAACGGGGCUGGGAUGUGGCCAGUAUAAACCACAGGAUUUUAUUGAAACGUCUUUGUCCUCCCCAUAGGCUUUCCACAUGAUUGCUUUUAUGUUUCUUCUUCCCUGGCACGUUGAAAUUCUAUAUAAAGACCUUCAUAAGUGACUUCAGUUCCUGUCAGAUAGUUGUCUCUGUUCUCUGAGACUUAAGAUAUAUAUUUUGUUUGGUGUGAGGCAUCACCUCUGCAGAUGGGUGGUGUUUGUUGGUUUGAGUUUAUUUUUAGUUGUUCCAUUUCUAGUUGAACUUUGUUGAAGAGAGAGCAUUAGGGUUAUAGUGCCUUGGCACCACUGAGUAUUUCUGUACCUGUGAUGCCUUUUGUGCUUGAAUUUAUCUUUUUUCCUUUCACUUGAAUAAUUCCUUUGUUCUUACUAUUGUUUUUGCAGAUGACACCACUGGUAAGCAAGAAGAUGGACCAAUUUCUGGACACACAGAAUCUGCUCACCCUCUGCAGGAUGCCCCCCAGGAGAGCCGGCCUGUCAACAACGAGGACAGGGAGAUGUCCCAGCAUGCCCUUCCCAGUGGUGAGGAUGAUGAGGAUGACAGCGACAGUGACAGCGAUGACGACGACGUGAAGGUCACGAUUGGCAACAUCAAGACGGGAGCGCCGUCCUACAUGGGAACUCCUAUGAAUCUAAACUUAAAAACGGGUAGAGGCUAUGGAGCGUCAGCUUCAGCCAAGCUGCAGCCCAAAGGUAUUGACUUGGAUGCUGCAGGGAAUAUAAAUGGAUUGCCUGUGAUAGAAGUGGAUUUGGAUUCAUUUGAAGACAAACCGUGGAGGAAGCCAGGUGCUGAUCUUUCUGAUUACUUUAAUUAUGGAUUCAAUGAAGAAACAUGGAAAGCUUAUUGUGAAAAGCAGCGGCGGCUUCAGCUGGGGCUGGACCCUGCUCCUCCUAUCAGCACUGAGAACAAGAUCACGGUUCAGCAGGGAAGAACAGGCAAUGCUGAAAAAGAAGUUGAAAACAACAUCAUCAAAACAGAGUUCAAAACAGACUUCUUGGCUCUGGUGGGAGGACGAAUGAAGGCUGGGCCUCCUCCCAACAGGAAGCUGGGUGGGACCAUCGAUGUGAUCGGGGGCCAGGCAGGCACGAUCCGCAGGGUGGAGGGGAGACGUCGGGAUAAACACGCCUCGGAGGAAAACCCCAUCCAGGUCCUGGGAGACCAUGGCAGUAAGCCCCAGCCCCCCCAGCAGCCCCAGCAGCCCUCCCAGCCCCAGCAGCCUCCUCAGCAGCAGCCCUUCGCUCCACCGGCAGGGCCCCCGCCUCCCCCGCUCGCCGGGCCUCCUCCUCCUCACUUCCUGCACCCUCCUCCUCCGGUGACUUCUGUUCCUCCUCCCCUGCAUCCUCCAGGCCUGCCACCUCCAGGUCCAAUUCCAGGGUUGUUCCCACCCCCUCUGGCACCACCACCAGCUCUCCUCAUCCCAACCUUGGAUGGGCAGCCAGCCAGCUACAACAACAGGCAGCCACCUCCCUUUGGCUACAACUCUGCAGAUUCAGGUUUCAUCAGCUACCCCCCCAUCUCCACGUCCCACACGCCCUGGGUGACCACGGUGGACAAGGGCACGAGCAGCUCCAGCAGCAGCCACUGGGAAUACUCGGGCUCCAGGCGGGACAGGGAACGGGAGCGCGAGCGGGAGCGGGACAGGGAGCGCGACCGGGACCGCGACCGCACCCCGACCACCAGUGAAUACAACAAUGACGACGAGCGGUACCGCUACUACAGCCGCGAGCGCAGCUACGACUUCGAGCGCGAUUAUCGGCGCAGCCGCGACCGCAGCCGCGAGCGAGAGGAGCGACACCGCGAGCGCCGCCACCGCGACAAGGACGACAGCAGCAAACACAAAUCCUCCCGCAGGAAGCAGCACGAGAGCGAGGAGGGGGAGAGCCACCGGCGCCACAAGCACAAAAAGAACAAGCGGAGCAAGGAGGAGAAGGAGGCGAGCGAGGACGGUGCCCAGGAGGGAGAGGAGCAGGACACCAAGGAGUGAGGCAGGGCCCCCACCGGGAACUCACUCCUGUGGAACCAGCAUGGCAUUGGUGAUGUUUUGCUUGGGGGGGUGAUUUUUUUUUAUUAUUAUUUUUUACUUUUUUCCAAGGGAAGAGGCUGACUGGGCGAGCCGUGGCACAGCCGGCAGUGCUUCGGGAGCCGAGGCUGCACGUGCCCUUAAACUUCCUUUUUUUUGUUUGAUUUUGAUACAAGACAAUACAGCAGUACUAGUUACAAAGCACUGAGCUACUCUACUCAUCCACAUCCCUAGGGAGAACUUUGGUGUAUCAGAUCCUAUGGUUUCUGAUGGAAGAUGGCUUCAGCUGAAACUAAUGCAAUUAGGUCAUAGUUCUUGGUUCUUUUUGUCAUCAUCAUUCCUUUUUGAGAACUAGGACAGUAAGUGCAACUUGAAAUUUAUUGUCCAAAGAACAGCGUGACUUAGAUCCCAGGAGCCAGCUUAGAGUCUGGUGUCCAGUAGUAAAAAGUCUCAUCCCCAAAUAAAUUUCUUUAUAGCUACAAAAACAGCUUCUGAUUUCUCCGUGGCCAGCUGGGUGUGUCAGGAGAAGCUGCAGGAUCUGCUCCAGGUGGGCACAGGGGCCUGCCUGGAUGUGGCAGCUUCCAGAAGCUGCUGAGGGAGUUCACACAGCACAGUGUGCAGAGACUCCAAAACUGGCUUUUUUUAUCCGUUGCAAAGGUAGUUGUGUCAUGUUACUCCUCUGCGUGGGGAAUCAAUGAAGAUCCAUAGCAAGAGCAUGAAUUUCUCUUUAAUUCCUUUUGACUUAACUAUUUUAUUUCCUUUUUUUACUAAGAGUUGACUGAAUAACCUAGAGUGCAGUAGAGAACACCAAGUCCCAGUUAGCAGUUUGCCCUCGUGGGGUUGGCGUUUCUAUUUGGGUAUCACCAACACUCCUGUCCAAUGCAUUCCUUUCCCUUAGAUCCCAAAAUAAAUUUAGUCAAAUUCCAAAGUUUCUUUGGACUUAGUAUUGGUUGGGGAAGGGGCAACAGAGAUGUUUCUGGGUGGGAAAUAAUUUUGAGGGGUUUUAGUCUGUUUGGUCCUGGGGAUCCUGCCCUUCUGUUCGUGUGAGUCCACCAAUGUCUCAUUUUCCUUUUACUUGUUAUUUAAAACUGUCUGAAAUGUUUGUCCUAAAAUAAUAUGGUUCUGAAA